GGAGAUUAGAAGAUUGACUUGACUACAACUCAGCUUUAACACUGAAAUUUGUUCUACGUUAUUGCAAUCUAGGACAAUGAAUUUAAAUUUUACUUCCCCUGGGCACCAGGUGUCCCAAAGACCUACUUCAUUUUUUAUCGAAGACAUCUUACUCCACAAACCAAAACCUUUAAGAGAAUCUUCUACCCAUUUUAGUUCUUUCACUUCCAGAGUUCCUAUUUUAGACUACGGGUACCCACUGAUGCCUACACCUACAAUUCUAGCCCCGCAUCCCCAUCAUCCUCUACACAAGCCUGAUCAUCACCAUCCUUUUUUUCUCGCUACAUCUGGGUUGCCAGUACCAGCCCUGUUCCCCCAUCACUCGGAGCUGCCGGGCAAGCAUUGUCGCAGGAGGAAGGCGCGUACCGUGUUCUCCGACUCGCAACUCUCUGGCCUGGAAAAACGCUUUGAGCUGCAGCGCUAUCUUUCUACCCCAGAGAGAGUAGAGCUGGCCACAGCCCUUAGCCUCUCCGAAACUCAGGUAAAAACGUGGUUUCAAAACAGGCGGAUGAAACACAAAAAGCAGCUAAGAAAAACCCAAGAUGACCCAAAAACUGCCAUGAGCGACAACCACUUGGAUCACAGCUCAAGUGAGACCGAGUCUGGGGACCCAAAUGGCACAGAACGGGCCAAGGGGGGCAGCCAGAAUCUCUUCCUCAGAGAUGAAGCUGAAGAUGAGGUUGAUAUUAUAGAAGAUGAUUUGUGCCCGUCGCAGCAUUUAUUAUAAUGGCUGUUGCCUCCCACUGACCACUCAGCAUCUGAUGGGGAGACCCAGAGUUUGCCAUACAGCAAGUACAGGCCAUGGGAAGCCUCCUUUGUACAGAUGAUGAACAAAGCUCCUGCUCUCUCCAUUGGCUUACACUGAGCUCUUGCACAGGGCUAUAAGGACGCAACAAAUAAUCUGAUGGAACUCGGGUUACAAGACAGAUCUCCAAGCCAGUGUCCAGUAGUAGUAUCUCCUCCUCAGUAUGCAAUGCUUGGGCACAAACCUUCCAUAAUGCCUCUCCACCCGUACUUAGUUUCCUCACUCACAGGAUUUAUCUCUCUUGUUUGAGUCAGUUAGUAGAAAAGUGGAGACUUAUUAUAAUACUUUAGGUAACCAGUAUGUGCUGGUGGAAAGCGGCUGGGCUGCCCCAACGAGCACUUCUAAAAUAUGCAGCUAUUUUCUCUCUGGGUAGAUUCCAUUAUAUGCAGUUAUCAUUUCAUUCCCAAAUGGGGCAAUGCCGGCAUUAGAUACCAUACUAUUAUGACAAAGUUUAUCGCUGCCAUAUGCCUUAUGAUUCAUUAAACUAAAUAUUAUGGUUGAGUUCACUAAAUAUUAUAUUUCAUUCGACCUUACAGGUUGUGUGCUUUCUGCUCCAUACAAGAAACAUUCCAAAUAUAUACGGCAACUCUUUUAUUUGCUGAUGUGAAAUGUAUCUCAAAUCAUCAAAUGACUUUCACUUCUGCAAGUAAACUGGAAAUAGAGAUUAGUUACUUGUUUCUGAGGAUAAAUAAAAAAAAUCCCAAAUAUUGAAAGUAUAUAUCAGUGAUUGGUUAAUUCAAACUACCAUCGAGCACAGACGCACUCAAACAGGCCUGUAAUGCACCCAAGCACAAAAGUAUACACUAACACUAACACAAGGGCUGAUAUAAUUACCCACCCCGCGUUCUCAGUUCAGUACGCAUUGGUUUAGCAGUUACUGUACGCCCAAGCUGUUUGGGUAUGAGAACAAAAAGCAAAUACCCUGCCCAAAAGCAAGCGUACAUUUCUGGUACAAACAAAUGUAUAUUUUUCCCAGCUGGUCAACGUUUCGCCCAGUGUAUCGACUAUGACCUGCGUUGCGAACAAACUGCUUUUGCAGAACAUCUAGACACGGACCAAAGCAGUGAUUGCGCUGGAAUAUAUUAUUGGAAGCCAACAUUAUGGAGUGUGGAUCUGUAUAAUUACUGGUGAGGCUGAGGAAUGUACAUAGAAAUAUAUUGUACAGAGAUAAAACCUUGCUCUUUGUGUACUUAAAUGCUUUGUAAAUAGUAAGAAAUAUUUAUGUGUUCUGUUCUUUUUGGAAAUCAUAACCGCUCUGCCUAACCCCACUAUUUCCAGCUCUGGUUAAUUGGUGAAUCAUUAGUAAAUUCUGGUUAAUUGGUUACACAGUUGUUCAUUUAGAGACUGCCCAGUACAUAAAGAGAUCGGGCUCUUAUUUCAUUCCAAUGUAGCGGGACAAUUCGCAGGGAAAAACAUAAAGCAAUAACCAGAGAGACAGGGACAUAUUGUUUUAUUAGUCAUGGAACUGGAUUUACUGGGGAGAUAGAAACAUGAAAGGGAUGAGCAAAUUAUUUUAAAAUCUUUUUACUCAAAUAAUCAGUGCUUGGGCUACCACCUAAAGUAAGUGGCUAUGUGCGAGAUUGAUUUUUUUCUGAGCCCUUAGCCAUCUGCCCUUUGAGUAAAUCAUGUAGGACUGACAUUUGGUACGAGUCUCCUCCCAAUCCCCCAAAGUUGCCACAUCGUUGUCUGAAGCGUGGGGUUAAUUUGCCACUUUCCCAUGACUUAUUCCUGUAAGAUUUACUGGUUACUGCAAUAAUAGGAUUAUGGGGAUCCCAAAGAUCAGCUGGUUAGUCUUUUCUUUCUCCUUUCAAAAAGUCAAGACUACAUUCUCUUGUACAGUGAGCCUUUUAUUCAGCGAAUUAACCCCACAUGGUAUCUCAACAAAUUCAAUUAACAGGAUCUGUGGCAACAAAACACUGCAAUGUGAGUUUUACAUCUGCAGAAUAUCUCGUUUCCUUACAACAUUCUCUUUUAUCUGAAUAAAUCUAUUUUGGCGGAUUAA